AUGAGUUGGUUCACUGGACCAGCGGAGAAGUUACGUCUUGCUUUGCUGAGCGAUCUGCAACCUCCUCUUGAGCGUAGCCAGUCAUCUACUGAGACCAUUGAGCAAUGCGAGACAUCAAAUCCAUUUGUUGAAAGCACAGAAGCGCCCGACCAUUCGACCACAGGCAGCGGUCCAGCACUUACAUUGCAGACCUCCGAGGCCGAAAGCAGCCCGGGGAAACAACAUGACGCUGGGAUAGUAUCACGACUAACUGAUUUGUCUACGAAUGAGCACCCCGUGAUCGAUACCUGCGUUCUAUCCAUAUCGGCUGCACAUCUCUCGCAGCAACAGCGUGAGAUGAGUAAACUGGCUGCAAGCCACCACACAGCAGCGCUUGCAAAACUUGCUGCUGAAUUCGACGCUCUGGACAAACAGUCACCGUCAGUCUCACCCGAUAAGGCUUUACUCUCCCAAAGGAACACCGGAUCUACGACUGUCUUACUUCUUGGGAUUACUAUGAUCGGAAAAACAUCAUCAUGGAAUGAUUUAUCCUCACUUGGAACGCAGCACCUCGAAGCGGCAAGGGCUAUUUUCAAGUCGUUAUAUUGCGAACGCCACGCUGAGCCUUCUCCAGACUCCUGUUUACUGGGACCAGAUGACCCGCGUGCUCGACAAUUCUUCGUAGGAGCUUUAGCUUACUGGGAAGCCUUGAUGUCUUUUGCCGUAGACAACAGCACAGACACGACAGACUACCUCCUACCCUUCGGCGACGACGAAAGCAACAUGUCAAUUAUGCAUCCCUGGAGCGGUUUGUCUCCCAAACUCUUCAUCUAUCUGUCAAGGGUCGGCUCUCUCGCCCGACAGGCGCACCAUCUACGGCGGGCAACAGCUUCCCCGCAACGGACACAAAAAGACCGACACGAACUUCUAUCGCAAGGCAAGCAUCUAGAAGAGUUAAUAUGCCAAUACAAAUUUCCCCGUCAGGAUCAGUUCCAAAGUACAGGUGAUCCAUCUACUCCAAUCCUCCAUUUCCGAUUCCUAGCUAGAGCCUAUGAACUAUCGAUUAUGCUCGAGCUGUGUCGAACAUUUCCCGAGUUGCUGCGCCGCGACCAACGGGAGUUGGAUCACGACAGUCUAAAACAACAUCUGAAUACUCUGGCCAUCACGAUUCUCACGCUGAUUGCCAAGAUACCUGAAACAUCUGGAACGAGGGCUAUUCAUAUGCCGGUUCUUGUGAUAGCGGGAAGUACGCUUCAGUUUCAGCGGACUGAAGAUAUGCAUGUUGACAUGGAAGUAUUGGCUGAAGGUGUGCCGGUGUCUACUCAGACACGUGGGCAAUUUGAUAUACAAUUCUGGCGGCUAUUCGUCGAUUCUAGACUCGACAAGUUGGCGUCCUAUAUGGGCUUAGAUACAGUGCGGCGGGCAUGUAGGAUUGUAAGAGAAACUUGGGCUCGGGCAGAUCGGAUAUUGUUGAGUAGUCCAUUGGACGGCCAAUCUCCGAUUGUGCAUUGGAUUGACGUGAUGAUUGACAAUGGAUUGGAAACCCUUAUUGGUUAGAAAUGCGAUAGAUAGGGUACCUGAUUUGACAGCAGGGUAUCUAC